AUGACUCUGCCUUGAGCAAAUGAGCCUGGACAUUUCAGGAGCAAAUUCUCUCUUGGCGAUGUCUCAUCUUCGCAGAAGGCCGGAUAUGUUUUUAGUGCCGCUUCGCUGGUAUCUCAGAGGAAAUUUAGACUAACAAUAGAGGAACCGGAUAGUCGCUGAAUCGAACGAAUUCCCCUUUGCAGUCACCGGAGGAGUUGAAAUGUCGACCUAUCUGGCUUUAUAUGAGAUAUGUGAGGUCGUAUACGAGUCGCAGCUUAACUAGACCAAGUGAUAUCCUUUCUGCAUUCGAGGGUAUCACCUGGCUCUUCAAGGGGCAUAUGAACCAUGAGCAAUUUUUGUUUGGUUUGCCUACUUCAUGCUUCGAUCUUGCCUUUGUAUGGACUCCAACAAAGUCGCUUAUCCGUCGCAGAAAGCCGCGAAUAGUACCUUCACCUAACAACAAGAGCUACGCACUUGUUACAAGAAGAGAAUGUACAUGUGAGGCUGAAGAUGACUUCCUCAGUGGCGCUCAGUUUCCUAGUUGGGCGUGGUGUGGAUGGAUGGGCGACAAUGGAGCAGGUGGACAAGUAAUUUACCAUGAUAAUAUGCUUGAAGGAUGUCUAUUGAAUAUCCCUCAGUGGCUAGAACAUCAUACUUGGAUCGAAUGGCAUAUACGAGAUGGCAAAGGCCAUCUAAGGUCUCUAAGGCAUAAGGUCACUCGGACUCGGGCUAGGGAGGUCUACAAUGAAGACAAAUGGAAUGGCUACUCUGGGAGCGAAGACUGGAAACCGGUGCUUGAAGGAGCAACGGAGUUUUCAAUCGCAAAGAGCACCGAAUCCAACACCAACUGCCCAGCAAACUUUUCAGGGAGGAGUAUACAUCGAUCAUCCUCACCUAUUGCCGCCAAUGCUUCUUAAGGGUCAUUUACGACUUCCGCGAAGUCAAACGGGGAGAUCAAAUACCGCGUAGGCAAUGGAGGCUA